AUGGAUUUAACAGAUAAAUUAGUAUUAAGACCUUAUAAAUCAUUAGGUGUGUUUUGCGAUAGCAAUUAGUAAUUUUUGUACAAUGCAGGUAAUAAGCUUUAUUUGGCUUCUACAUGCGGUCACUCAUUUAAGACUUAUACAAUUCCUGAGAUGAAAAUAUCUUUAUUUGGUCCUCACUUUGAAGGAAAAUUGCGUGCUAUUUAGGGUUUUAAUGAAUUUCUUUUUGUAGCAGUUAAAAAUGUUGUUUACAAGAUGAGACAUUAUCAUAUUUUAGGAGAAAUGAAGAUGGAUGCUAAAAUUACAACAAUGCUUCUUAUGGCUGACCAGAUUGCUAUAGUUGACUAGAACAAUACAUUAAAGAUUUUUAAUCAUCAUAGCAAAAUUUGUGUAGCUACAGCUUAGUUUGAUUUCAAUGUUUAAAGCAUUAUUCAUCCUCCUACAUAUCUGAACAAGAUUUUAAUUAUUGGAGAGAAUAAUGUUGAAUUAUGGAAUAUAAAUAGCAUGAAAAAAAUUUAUGAUUAUUAGAAUGUUUUGAUAAAAAAUUAUUGUGAUGAUAAUACAAUUCUUACAGUAGCAGAGCCUUCUCCAGUAUUGAAUGUUAUUGCCUUCGCUUUUUCAAAUGGAAAAAUAGUCUUACACGAUAUUAAAAAAGAUAAGACCGUUGUUUCCUUCAAAAUUAAUCAUAAGCCUCUAUCUCUUUCCUUUUCAAAAGUAGACUAGCCAUUAUUAGCAAUAGGAGAUGAAAAAGGAUCUAUAGUAAUUUGGGAUCUUAAUGAAAAAAAGAUAUUUGCUUCAUUAAAAUCUGUAUUUUAGGGAUCUGUUACAUCUAUAAACUUCAUGCCAAACGAGUAAGUUUUUAUUGCUGCUUCAGGUAGAGACAAUGCAGUUUUACAGUUUAGAUAUGAAGAAUAUGAAGAAAAUAAGUUUGCAGUUUUAAGAAGACGUGAAGGUGUUAUUGACUCAUUAAAAUAAGUUAGAUUUGCUAACGAUUUACAUAUCUUUGGCUGCACUAGCAAUUAAGAAUCUGAAAUUAGGGAUUUCUCUAUGAUCAAUGAGUGUAUGAGUGUAACAUUCUCUUCUAAAGACUAAAGCAAAACUAAACUUAAGAGAAAGCAUAUUUACACAGAGUAAAAUGCUGCUUCAACAAUAAAUGAAAUACUUGAGUUUUCUUUCUCGAUGAACAGAGCUAAUGAUUGGGCUAACGUCCUUACUUGUCAUAAGGAAAGUGAUAAGCCUUGCAUUUGGUCAAGCGAAGAUCACUCAAUUAUUAAAAAAGAUUUAGUUUUAUAUGAGAACUCAAAGAGCAAAGAAUAAAAUUUCUAGAUUACAACUGUUUACGUGACCAAAUGUGGUAACUUCGGUGUUCUUGGGCUAGAUAAUGGUAGAGUGAUAAAGAUAAAUAUGCAAUCAGGUGCUUUUUAGAGAGCCUUUGCAGAUGAGCACGAAGGUUCUAUAACUAGCAUUUUUGUAAACAACUAUAAUAAAUACUUGAUCACUGCAGACAAUAAUGGUAAAAUGGUUAUUUGGGAUUUCUUUGCAGGUACUAAGCUGUCUGAAAAACAAUAUGAGAAUGAGAAGAUUGUAUUUAUUAGAGGGUCUAACUACUCUCAUCACUUUUUAGUUGCUUUGACUGAUAACACUAUAGAAAUGUGGGAUAUGCUUAGCUUGAAAAGAGGUAGAAAAUUCGGUGGACAUACAUAAAAAAUUUUAGAUGCAUGCUUUUCUCAUAAUAAUAAGUACAUAUUUUCUUCUUCAUUAGAUAGCACCUUAAAAGUUUAUGAUAUUGCUUAAAAUGACAUUAUUGCAAAUCUUGAAGUUGAGCGCCCAAUAAUUUCUCUUGAUAAUUCUCCCAGUGGUGAGUUUUUAAUUACAGUAUUCGCUAACUCAAGAGAAAUCAAUAUCUGGCACAAUCUUGUAGAAAUAUUACCUUGGGCUUCACCCUUGAAAAAGACAGUAAAAUUCGUAUCUCCCAUAAAACACACAGAUAUCGAAGACAGAAAGCGUUAUUAUCUUAAUAACUCAAUCAAGUAAGAGGAAGAUGAAUUAGAAGAACAGAUGUUGUUGGAAGGCAAGGUUGAUUACAAGAUUGACCCAGUUAAUAACAGCUUAAAUAUCAUUAGAUUCACUCAACUUGAAGAUGGUAAAUGGUUGCCUUUAAUCCACCUUGAUGAAAUAAAGGAAAGAAAUAGAUUAGAGAACAACGAAGAAAUUGACUUCAAAAUGCCUUUCUUCUUAGAUUUUUCUAAAAAGGAUGAAGUUAGAGAUUAAUUAAAGAAAGAAUACCAAUAAAAGGUAUCUGAACAAUCAAAAAUUAUUAAGGAUAAGAAGGAAAAAUAUAUGAAUGAAUUGGGAAGCACAAUUUAAAAGUUAGUCUUCGAUUUCAAAGAAAAAAAUUACAACAAAUUCUUUGAUGAAUUAAAAUCCCUUACUCCCAGUCAGGCAGACUAUGAAUUGAGACAAGUUUUAUUUGGAAACACUGAUAAUUCUAUCAUGAGAGUAUUGACUUUCUUCAAUCAUCUCUUUGAUUCUACAGAUGAGCUUGAUCUUAAAAAUGCAUAUUUCUCUCGUGUUAUAAAGAUUUCUGGUGACGAGUUGAUGAGAGAUACUCAAUACAAAGAAGUAAUUGAAUAAAUUAGAAAUAAAAUUUAAAAUAGCUGGUAGGCUUUAAUGGAUAAAUAAUAUAUUAUUUCUAGCAUGGCUGAACAUUUUGCUAGAAUUCCUAAUUGA